CUACAGUCAUGUGCAAGGUUUGCAGAAGUAAGGUGAAAAUGAAGAGUAGCAGCACAACUAACCUCUUUCAGCACCUCCGGCAGAGACACCCUAAAGAAUGGGAAGAGUGCUCGCAGCUGCGGGAGUGCAGCGUGGCUAGCACUAGCCAUGGCAAACACGCCGCAAAGAAACAACAAACUUUAGCCGCAUCAUUUUCUUGUGCCGUGCCAUAUGAUAAGUCAGGGGCACAAUGGAAACAGAUGACUGAAGCUGUUGCUGUUUAUUUAGGGAUGGAUAUGGUGCCUAUUUACACCGUGGAGAAGCCUGGCUUUCUCCACAUGCUAAAAGUCUGGGAUCCAAAAUACCACCCACCUAGUCAUAAAUACUUUGCGGAGGUUGCAAUACCAAAACUGUACAACGAAACACGACAAGCGCUUUGUGAAAAGCUGGACACGGUUUUGUUUUUUUCUACUACUACAGACCUCUGGUCCAGUCGAUCUCUUCAACCGUACUUGAGUUUAACAGUGCAUUACAUCGAUGGGAACUGGAGUCUAAACAGUUGCAGUUUACAAACCACCUACUUUUCUGAAGAUCACACCGGAGAGCUCAUUGCACAGGGACUCAAAGACUCCUUGGCACAUUGGAAGUUAGAUGAGGAGAAAAUGGUGUGUAUGACUACUGACAGUGGCACAAAUAUGAUAAAGGCCCUGAAGCUAAACCAGUGGACCCACCUCAGCUGCUUUGGACACAGGCUCCACAACGCUAUAGGAAAUGCUUGUAAGGAUGCUCACAUUGAAUGUGCAGUAGGGGUCUGCAAGAAAGUCAUCAGUGCAUUCUCCUUCAGUUGGAAGAAGCGGAGAGACUUGACAGUGGUGCAAGCAGAACUUGGCCUCCCUGAACAUCAGCUCAUCUCAGAAUCACCUACAAGAUGGGGGUCACGUCAGCAGAUGAUCGAGCGUGUACUGGAGCAGGAGAAGGCAAUUGGGCAAAUCUUGGGUGCAGAUAAGAAAACAAGGCACUUAGUGCCUACCUGGCAGGACAUUGACAUUUUAGAGUCAGUAAAUAAAGCCAUUAAGCCAUUACAUGACUUUACUGACGCAUUGUCUGGUGAGACAUAUGUGAGCGUCUCUUUCAUAAAACCAACCCUUCAUCUGUUUAACAACAGUUUGCUGAAGUCAGAAGAAGACGAUACUGAGCUAACAAGACAAAUCAAAAGUGAUGUGCUGAAAUAUCUUAACCAAAAAUAUAGCGAUUCAGCCACACAAGACCUCAUUGACCUUGCCUCACUACUAGAUCCCAGGUUCCGCACAACUUACAUUGAGCCCGACAAGAUUGAAAAACUAAGAGAGAGAGCCAUUGCAGAACUCUGUUCCAUGCAUUACAGAGGCAUACAAGAUACUCAUGCUGCAGAUAAGGACACAUCGGAGACUGAGAGUCAGGUUGUUGAACUCCCAGCAAAGAUGAAGAAAUCCCUCAGCAGCUUCUUUAAGAAAAGUCCAGUUGAGGCUGAAACAAAGACAUUUGACGCUAAAGUCAAGGGUGAAAUGUCAGCAUACUUGCUGGCACCUGAAACUGAUGCAGAUUCAAACCCACUUAAAUGGUGGAAACUGCAUGAAACACACUUUCCAAGACUUAGUAAAUUGGCAAAAAAGUACCUCUCAAUACCUGCAACAAGUGCCCCGUCAGAAAGGGUAUUUAGUACAGGGGGAAACAUUGUAACAUGCACCAGAGCUUGUCUUAAGCCAAAGUCAGUGGACAAGCUUGUUUUUCUUGCAAGAAAUCUAAGAGUUUAAAACAUUCAAAGCUGAUGCAGUGUUAAUGCACAGUAUAAGUAAGUAAUGCUCCAAAGGUAAAACAUAUCCAAAGUUUAUCAAGUUGUUCCUUUUUUUUUGCACAAGAGGCAGUAUUGCACAUGUUUACAACUUUCAUUGUAGUGUUAAGACUAGUUUUUGAGUUUGGCAGUUAAUUAUUUGUGACCUUUCAGCAAAUGAUGCACUUUUUUGCACAGGAUUUAUGUUAUUAAUGUUUA